CAAAUUGAAUCUGAAUCACAAAUAUGGCAACAUCUAUUUAUUAUUAGAUUGGGUAAUUCAAAGACUUCUAUUAGUGCUAAACAAACUUUUUCUAAUUUAUCUUUUCAGUUAUCAGAUAUUUCUUUUAAUGAUAUUCAUACUAAAGUUAAUCAUCGUAAAGCCUAUAUAACAGCAAAUAGAUUAUCAAAAAAGGCUAUUCAGAUUGGAUUAGAUGCCAGAACUUAUGCAAUACAAAAGCUUGAGAGCUUUAUAAAUGAGUUUAUUAAUAAGUAUAUACCAAAAAACAAAGAAAAAAUAAUUCAAAAAAGAAAUAUAAGCCAACAGGAAUAUGAUGAUGAAACUUCAUC